AUGAAUUGCGAGAGAUACGAUGUUCCCUUCGUUAAGGAAUUAGACGAUAUACAAGGUCGAUUAUUGAGUCGAAUGAAUUCAUCUUCCGAUGAAGAUUGUUCCGAAUUAGUGGUUGAAUUUGAAUCUUUGGUGCGCAGUCUCAUUGUUGCGAUGAAUCAAGAGUACAAUGGACUAUCAUUGAAUAGCAAGAUCGAUUUCACAUCGGAGGUGAAUUACCUGGAUGACACGUUGAAAAUCGGCCAGGGUAAACGGGGCGACGGUCGGUUACUAGUAAUGUUUGACGAGUUGAUCCGAUUCAGUAACUGGAUAGUGGAGUUCAAGAGACAAUUGCAGCGGGACGUGGUGCAAUCAUAUAUGGGGGCCAUGGACCAACGUGAGUUGCAAAGAGACGAGGCCAUUGAAUCGCAUGUGCAACAAGAACAAGAACAAGAACAACCCGAUCGAUACGAGAGAGUCCAGUUUGAUCACGGGACCACCUCAACGAAGGACAAACUGCUCAAAACCACAAGGCGGGUGACCCACAACCUGGUUCGGGGUAACCAGAUUCUGCAGUCCGGGUUACUCCAGAGCGACUUGAACUUGGACGAACUGAAACAGCAGACACAUUCGCUGCAACAGGCAGACGACAAGUACUCGCAACUGGAAACCGUCUUCCGCAAGACAAACUCGCUCGUCAAGACGCUCGAGAGGUCGUCGCAUCGUGAGAAGCGAGACGUGUACGCCGCACUGCUGUUUCUCGCGUGCUGUGUGGGCUGGGUGUUGUGGCGCCGUGUCUUCAGACUGCCCGUGCGGCUGACGCUCUGGCUGCUGUUCCGCUUCUUCCGCGGAACACUCUCAGCCGCGGGUGUGGUCAAGAGCAUCUCCUCUUCUACUUCUUCUACUGUUGCUACUGUUGCUGCCGCUACCAUAACCGCCAUCACCUCAGACGACCGCGCGGUCGAGAUCGCCGUCGACGAAGCACUCAGCAGGCUUGUCGCGCACGACGAACUGUAA